CUUUAGCAGAAACUCCGGGGCCUUAAGGCCAGGGGAAGAGUGUUUUUGUGACGCUGCGGAUAGCCGGAGGACGUGGGAUGAGGGCGUGUGUUAGUGUAGAGGCACUCGGAAGGGACAGACAUCGCUGUGACACCGCAAGGACGCUCUGCGGGGACGGGUGUUGGUGUGGCACCGGUGCACGCUGAAGAAGCGGGCGGAACGGGGUGGCCAUGGGGAUGUGGGCGUCGUUGGACGCGAUGUGGGAGUUGCCGGCGGAGAAGGUUAUCUUCGGGGCAGUUUUGCUCUUUUCCUGGACAGUGUAUCUUUGGGAGACCUUCCUAGCACAGCGGCAGAGAAGGAUAUAUAAAACAACAACUCAUGUACCACCGGAGUUAGAACAGAUCAUGGAUUCUGAAACAUUUGAGAAAUCUCGACUCUAUCAGCUGGAUAAAAGUACUUUCAGCUUCUGGUCAGGACUCUAUUCAGAGGUUGAAGGCACUUUUAUUCUUCUCUUUGGUGGAAUCCCUUACCUCUGGAGACUUUCUGGACGGUUCUGUGGUUAUGUUGGCUUUGGACCAGAAUAUGAGGGAAGGUUCAGGGGGUUCUUGGUCAUCGUGACGGGACCUUUUCGAAUUAGUCUGAUCGUGCAGAAGCGGGUGCUGAUCGCAGACAUUCUGCACCUCGUCCAACGGAUCAUUCACUCCUUGGUGUUUCUGCUGCUGGCUACACUUUUCAGUGCAUUAACUGGUUUGCCAUGGAGUCUUUAUAAUACAUUUGUGAUAGAAGAAAAGCAUGGUUUCAAUCAUCAGACUUUGGACUUUUUUAUGAAAGAUGCAAUUAAGAAAUUUCUUGUGACUCAGUGUAUUUUAUUGCCUGUGUCUUCACUUCUGCUUUACAUUAUUAAAAUUGGGGGUGACUAUUUUUUUAUUUAUGCCUGGCUGUUCACAUUAGUUGUUUCUCUGGUUCUUGUCACAAUCUAUGCUGAUUAUAUUGCCCCUUUAUUUGACAAAUUCACACCUCUGCCUGAGGGAAAGCUUAAACAAGAAAUUGAAGUAAUGGCAAAGAAUAUUGAUUUUCCUUUGACUAAGGUGUAUGUUGUUGAAGGAUCUAAACGCUCUUCCCACAGCAAUGCUUAUUUUUAUGGCUUCUUCAAGAACAAGCGAAUAGUUUUGUUUGACACCCUACUAGAAGAGUACUCAGUACCUAACAAAGACAUCCAGGAGGAAUCUGGCAUGGAACCCCGCAGUGAUGGAGAAGGGGACAGUGAAGAAAUAAAAGCUAAAGUUAAAAUUAAGAAACAAGGAUGUAAAAAUGAGGAGGUGCUUGCUGUACUAGGCCAUGAACUGGGCCACUGGAAGUUGGGACACACAGUCAAAAAUAUUAUUAUUAGCCAGAUGAAUUCUUUCCUAUGUUUUUUCUUGUUUGCUGUAUUAAUUCGUCGAAAGGAGCUUUUUGCUGCAUUUGGUUUUUAUGAUAGCCAACCUACUCUAAUUGGACUAUUGAUCAUCUUCCAGUUUAUUUUUUCACCUUACAAUGAGGUUCUUUCUUUCUGCCUCACAGUCCUGAGCCGCAGAUUUGAGUUUCAAGCUGAUGCAUUUGCCAAGAAACUUGGAAAGGCUGAAGACUUAUAUUCUGCUUUGAUCAAACUAAACAAAGAUAAUUUGGGAUUCCCUGUCUCUGACUGGCUGUUUUCAAUGUGGCAUUAUUCUCAUCCUCCGCUAUUAGAGAGACUUCAGGCUUUGAAAAAUAUGAAACAAGACUGAGAUGCCCAGGGUCUGUGACCGAAGAUAUUUCUGAUUAUUUCCGUCCUGGCAGCAUGUUUCUGCUCUUGAUAUUUUUUAACUUUUUUUUUUAAGAGAAAGAGAAACAAUUAGGUACAGAAAAGCCCAGAUUUAAAUACAUUUAAUAUUUCAUUUCAAAAAUGAUUUUAGUAAUCAGUUUCUUAAAACACUGGAUAUAAUUUUGAAGCUUGAUGUUUUUAAAGGCAUAGUUUUAUCUUUGGCAUCUGAUUUACCAUCAGUUUAUUUAAGAAAGUGGAGAACUUGUUUUAUGUAUUCACUCAUAUGGGUCUGCUUGUAAGGUGUGUGGGGUGCAUGUACCUCCUCGGAUCCUUUCUGCAAGGCGACAGUCCUGAAUCACUGAGCUCACGGCUAGGUUGAAAUUUGUUUUUACCUUCAUCCUGUUGUGAUGUAACUUGGCCAAUCAGUGUUUUCAAUGAGGAAGAUAAUGUUUGGUAAGGGUGGUGUUAUUUAAAUAAAGUUGUCAGAAGUAUGCUCUGUUCUACCAAAUUUCAAAUCUUUUCUUUCCCUCUCUUGCUGCCCACUGAUCAGGAAUUUCUAAUAGAGCUUUGAAAUUAGAAAUUACAUGUAGGAUGUUUUUAAUCAAUGAUUUUUUAAAAAAAUAAAAUCUCAGUUUUUGCUUUUCCUUCCACCUUAUAGGUAUGGUCCCAUUAGGGGUAUAUUAGCUUUUUUUCAUUCAUUCUCUUUUAUUCAAUAAAUAGCGUAUUCUUCCAUUUAGCAGAAAUUGCCAUAUUGAACAGGUUUUGUAAUGUUAAAAGUGGCAGAAUAUGGAAAAAAAAGAAAUUACAUUUCAGGAGACAUAAGGGACAUACUAAUGAUUCUCUUAGAAUAUUACAGGAAAAAUAUAGUUUUCUAUCUUUCAAGGACAGAAGAGUUGGUUUUUUAUAAUUUUUAUCAAUAGUCAUAAGUACUAUUGGGGCUGGUGCCAUUUUUAAAAAUUAAUAAUUCUUGAUAUGCAGAUGUUUACUUUCAAAAAAUUGUCAUGAAAGAUUCCUGCUUUUAAAAGCUGUAUGUUUGACUGCUUCAAAUCUGUCCACUUUCUGAAUGAGAACUUAUUUUGUGCCUAAGUCUCCCUUUCACUGAUAACGUUUACUUUCUGGAGAUUUACUCCAAAGUGGGAUUAACUAUGUACCUUUGGUAUCUGGCUGUAAAGUCUUUUGCUCAGCUGACAUUUGAGUGAUGUCUUCACAUGGAAAUAUAAUAAAAAUUAAAAUCUAGUUUAGUAUUGCAUUGUUUAUUUUCCUACAGCUAAAGUGGGGCAGCCCCUGUGGUUGUUAUCCAGUGUCUUUUUCUUGUGACUUCAGGCUCUGAGAACUGCCUUCUCUUCCUUCUGUGCCUUUAAAUGCAAAGUCCAGUUCUGCACAAGUAAAAUAUUAAAAAUGGGCAAUGUA